AAAAAAUAAAUAAAUAAAGAAGAAGAAGAAAGAAUAAAAUAAUCCCAUUUUCAGAUCUGACCCACAUCAUCCAUUAUACCCACUGGCCACUUCCUUCUUAGCUUCCCCAUCUUUAAACCCAAAUUUUCAUAUUUAGUAUUCUCUUUCAUAAUUCCCUUCCCUCCUGCUUCUUCUUCCCUUUUUCUAUCUUAUACGUAAUGAACUAGACAAAAAAGCUGUCACCAGAGCAUCAUUCUCUCCUCCAUCUCUCUCUCUUUCUUUAACUGGUUUCUGAGCAUUGGUUGGUUUUGGUUUUGGUUUUUACUUCCAUUUAAACCCACAAUCCCUACUUGAUUACCUUGUUGCUUGUGUAGCUGCAUUCCCAAGAACAGCAAAAGAAUAAUAAACCCAGUCUUCUUUUCCUGUUCUGUCACCAAAACAAAACCCAAAACAAAACUAUAUCUUAUGAGUUUCUUAUUCCGUUAAGUUUUGGACUUAUAAUUCUAAGAAAAAAAGGUGGGGACUACUUACAGUGCUUUGAAUGUUUGGUGGCUUUGUUCUUUGGUUUGGCUUGCUUUUCACAUUCCACCCUUAACGUUUUGCUCAAGAUUUUUUCUGUCUCUACCUCUUCUGUUAAAAAGCUACUGCAAUUUGGUGUUGCAGAAUCAUUCUGAGUGCUCUUUCUUUCUUUCUCAAACUUCUCUUUGAUGUUUGACGUUUCUUCCAUUUUAACUCAAAGCAUUGUUCAGAGAGAGAGAUAGAGGAGGUGAAGAGAUGUCUGCAAGGAUUAGCUAUUCUUUAUCAGAUGAGAAUCAAAGCCUUCAUAAGCAAAUUGGCUGUAUGAAUGGCAUUUUUCAGGUAUUUGACCGGCGUUAUUUCCUCGGUGGUCGGAGUGUCGCCGGCCGCAACCGCAAGAAACUCCUACCACAGCCAGCAGGUCAUAAUGAAAGCAUCUCAAUGGAGUCAAACAGUGCAUCACAGGGAACUCUGGAGAAAAACCAGAAGAAGACUAGAAAAGAGAAACAAAGAGUCUCCACAGAGUCAUCCAGAACCUCGUUUUCGUCUACAACUUCUUGUUCUUCCAGUUUUUCAUCUCUUGAUGCUAACAACAGAGCAGCUCACCUUGAAACAACAUUGCUUAGUCAUGUUGAUUUGCCUGGAAACACAACUCGGGAGUUUUUGAAGAACCAGCAUAAUGCUACUGCUAAGCAAUUGAGCUGCCAAACUUUCGAAUUCCGGGAUAUCGUCAAAGAGAACAUGAACAGAGAAGCUUGUGCUAUUCCAGUCAGAACUGUGGCUGGAGAAGAAGCAGUGAGUCGUAAAUUAAAACAUGUGGACUCUCCGAGGCCCACAAGACAAGUCGAAUACAAAGGCUCCAAGACUUCAGGAUCGAACGAAUCAUUUCGUGUUCUUGCAAGGCUUCGAGAAGCACAUCGAUAUGCCAAUGAAGAGAACGACAUUCCAGCACAUUCAGCAUCCAAGUUCAAUAGAAGGCUAUCUUAUGAUGGAAGGGAGUCUUAUGAUACAUUGAAAUCAACCAUAAAGAUCAGGGAACUACCAAGGCUAUCACUGGACAGUAAAGAAAGCUGGGCUAGGUGCUCUGCAUCUGGAACGAGAUCAAAUGAUCUAGUUAAAGAUUUGCAGAAGGGUGACAGGGAUUUCGAAGAACCAGUGAGUUUGAGGCAAUCAACAACGGUAGUCGCAAAGUUAAUGGGAUUGGAUGCUCUCCCAGAUUCAACUUCAACCACCAACAGUCCAUCAAGAUUGAUCAAUGCUUACCCAACCUACGAACAAAAUUCUUUGUCCAGAUCAUCGAGGAAGAAUGAUGAGAGCACACAACAAAGUCGGUUUUCUGGGUCCCCAAGGAUUUCGCAUGGAGAUUCAUACUCACCCAGCUUGCGAAACAAUCAUUUGGGUUUGAAACCCAAUGCUUGUGCGAAGCUCAAGGUGGAAACAGUUCAGAAGAGCCAACUAAACAGAAAAGGAGAUUUUAAUGAGCCGGCUACUGAAAGUCAUGAACUUGCAACAGAUGUGCCAAACAACUUCUCUGUUUAUGGAGAAAUUGAAAAAAGGCUAUCAACGCUUGAAUUCACCAAAUCUGGAAAAGAUCUCAGAGCUCUAAAACAGAUACUUGAAGCAAUGCAAAAAUCUCGAGCAAUAUUUGAGAGCAAGGAACAAGCAUCAGACUGUGCAUCACAAAUAAGCACUGACGGGACUGUUGAUCAGAAUCGCAGCUCAGGAGCAGCAAGCCCAAGAAACUCGCGGUUCGACAACACGGCUUCUUCUGCCAGAGCCAAGGAUUCAAACUCUUCAAAGUCAUAUAAAUCAUCAAUAAUCAUCAUGAAACCUACUAAACACUUGGAAAAAAUCAGCAAUUCCUCUCCCUCAGUGCCAUCGAAUCAUGAUGCAUUGUGCAGUGGGAAUGAACAGGUGAAAAUGCAAUCUACAAAAGAUAUUGGUCUACAACAUACUCAUCUUCGGUCCGUCCCCAGUCAUUCACAGUCUUUCACAGACAAAAAUACCAACACAAGAAUUUCGAGACCAACAAAAUCGACCAAGGAUCAAAAUUGUCUUCGCACAGAAAUGUCCAAGGCCUCAGGGAACAGUCAAAGACUUACAAGCUCAAGACUACAUAAAAAGUUUGGACUAGAAAAACAAUCAUGUCCCACCACCCCAUCAUCAGAUUCAAGCAGGACCGAAAGGAUUAACACCAGAAAAGUUGCAUCAUGUUCCUCAGAAAUAAAACUCAGACAAAAAUCUUCCACUACGAAUCAGAAAAGCAUCAAGAAAUCAAGCAAAAGUAGUAGAUGCCCUGGAGAUAUGAGUCAACGAGGAAGUGUUCAACCUCUGAAGACUGAGAGUAAUGGAGCGGCAUCAAACAUCAAUAAACAAAAUACAACCAACACGCAAUUUGACAAUACCAGAAGCAAUUAUGUCCUGCAGGAUGAUGAUGAAUGCGAACAAAGGAAAGCAGAAAUGAGGUUGAGCAACAGCGUCACAAAAGUCAAACCAACAUUAACAACCUCUGAGCAACAAAGUCCCGUCUCUGUUCUUGAUUCUUCAUUUUACCAAGACGAUUCACCAUCUCCUAUCAAGAAAAUAUCAUACGCUUUUGAAGAUGACGAGACCGCAAAUUCAGAAGCAGAAUCCAGUCACGAGGUCCCAGUUCAAUCACAGAAGAGCACAGAGACCCUCAGCACUGAGAUUAAGAACUUGAAAUCAGAGAUCGACAAAUUGAGGAAGCAUAUUCGCCAAGUAAACUUCAGUAACGAGGAGGAGGAGCUCUUGAAUGACUGCCAGAAUCAUCUCUGCCAAGAAAUGAAUUCUCAGCACAAAUAUAUUUGGCAAAUAUUAUCAGAAUCAGGUCUCCUCAAAGAUCUUGACCAUGGGCUAUCUGCCAUUCAGCUCCACUCACCAGGACACUUGAUCAAUCCCAACUUAUUUCUUGCACUUGAGCAGUCCACUGGAGUCAAAUGGCCUUUUGAUGGUGAUUCAUACAGUAAACAGAAUUCCAGAUCAGAAGAUUGCGAUAAAGUUCAGAGGAAACUUGUGUUUGAUACGGUUAAUGAAAUUCUUUUGGACAAACUAGUGGUUGAACGUUCUUCCAAGCAUUGGCUCUCAAAAAGUAAAAUUGCAGGAAAGGAAUCAAGAGGGCAAAAGAUUUUGAAAGAAUUAUGCACACAGAUUGAUCAGCUACAGGAUCAAAAUGGCAAUAUCCACGACUGUGAUGAUGCUUCAAGAAACAUGAUUUGGAAAGAUUUGACAUAUCCAUCACGCUACUGGGGAGAUUACCAAAAUGACAUUCCAGGCAUAGUGUUGGAUGUUGAGCGGCAGAUCUUCAAAGAUUUGAUAACUGAGAUAGUGAUGAAUGAGGCAAGCUUCUAUGACGAUCAUUGCAAGGAAUUUCCCUCAAACUAGGGAAUUCCCAUCAUCUUAGAUAAAUAAAUGUGCAAUCUUUCCUCACCUCCCACUUCAAAGUUUGCAUCCUUGGUUACUUCUACAGGUUUAGGUUCAUUUGACAUUACCCUUCCAGAAUUUUUCUUUUUCUCUUGUACAGUCCCAGCAACUCCUGUGUGUGAAUUUAGAUCGUUGCUGGUAUUAGAACUGUAUUAGAAACAACUAUUUACUGUAUAUGAAGGCAAAGGUACAAGUAGCAUCCUUGUUUUCAAGUACUGUCCAGGCAUACUGUAUGGACCACUUGCCAUUUUGGAAAAUCCAGGUCCUGGACGUCAGAAAAAAAAAAUAUAUAUUUCAUAUAAUUUUAUACCAUAAGAUCACACAAGCAGAAACUCA